UAUUGAACAACGCAUGUUCUUUGUUUUCUCUUGCUGCAGAAUGUUUUUCUUUAAAUUUACAGUUUGCCGUUAGCUGUUUUCGGUGGAUGAGAUGGUUUGCCAAAUGAUCCAAUAGAUUGACAUUAUAUUAGGCUAGUGACAAGGUGUUAUUAUUUCAAGGAUGUCUCUCUGUGUUUGGAGGAGUUUUGUUGCAUCUUAGCUUUGGAUAUUUUUAUACUGUUUCCAACAUGGUUCCAUAUAUUAUGGACUACCUAAGAACAUAUGUUAACCCAAACUUAUCGGAUAAGGACGCAAUUUGGUUAUCAGCGCUAGGAUUUUGUACUCAAGGCUUUUCCAUGCCUGCCGGUGGAUUAAUUGCAAAAAAAGUGGGGUUUAGAAUAGUGGUUGCGACAAGUUGCAUAUUUUUGAGUGGAAGCGUGUUUCUUACAUAUUUUACAAUCCAGAAGACAUUUGUUGGAGUAGUAAUAACAUAUUCAUUAACAAUGGGUAUAGGAAUGGGAUUCGCUUAUUCUGUGGUGUUCGCUGUCGCAACAACAUGGUUUCCAGAAAAACGUGGAUUGGUUGUGGGAAUAAUUGUAAGUGGAUUUGGCCUUGGAGCACUGGUAUUUUCGCCUAUUCAGACUGCUCUUAUCAAUCCGACAAACGUAAAAGUAGACAAUGUUACUCGCCACUUUACUGAUAUCGAACUUCUUGACCGGGUACCUAGAACCCUUUUAAUUUUGGGAGGUAUAUUAUUAGGGAUUCAGAUAAUCGGCUUCAUUCUUCUACGCCCAAGACCUUCUUCAAAACAGGCAAAUAUAACCCAAAAGAUUCAAGCUUCAAAAUGCUGGUUUCAUCGAAAUCUAUCUAAUGCGUUGGCAUUUUAUCUGGGUUCAAUUUCUUUAGCGGCAUACACUUUGACUUGCCUUCAUCAUGUCUAGUCUUUUCUACUGUUCAUACGUUGUCACCCGGAGCGUUACUGUUUUCCACUUUCUUUAUGUUUUGUUAUAGUUUUUCACUGGUUCUUGUGGACUCUGACCCAGUUUCACAAGAGAUUUUACUUCCAGUUGGAUUUGCUUGUUAAGAAGGUCCAUCACUCAUUAAUCUUGUCUUUCAAGAAAUCUUAAGCUCCUCCAUAGAAGAAAACGUCAAAGGUCUAAAGAUGAUUGAUAAUCUUAAUUCGAGCUGUGACAUGUUGCAUGUUACAUAUUCAGAUGAUCAAAUCUCGACCUCAACUAACGACUCAAGUAACACUCAGAACUCACAAAACGUUCUUAGUCAACUUAGUACGAAAGUUUCCCAUAAAAAGACAAAGACUAUAUAUAUAAAAAGCAAAACAUUAAUCCACUAGUUAUCAUAAGUAAUAAUAAAAUAUAGGAAGUAAACUCUUUAGAACAUCUGAGAUCGACAAUUCGAAACAACUUUCGUUCAGACGAUGCGAUCAUUUCCAAUAUAAUAAAAGUUAAACAUGCUACAAUAAAAAAUACGGUCAGUACUGCGAGAUAACAGCAUAAGUUUGAGUACCAAAAUAAGAUUGACGUGGUUCACCAUAAUACUAUUAUUAAGGCAUAGACUAAAGACAAUUAACCUAAUAAAUAAGGACUGAAUGAGAUCAACAACCGUCUUACACACCAUUCGAUCAAUAAUACUUGGUGUCGAAAGCAUACCUCAAUAAUAAUGCUACAAAAGAAAACCCGUUUAACUAACAUAGCCAAUAGAACCAAUAAAAAUCUUAUAUUUGGUGCAUCACAACAAAUCCUACAAUUGCAGGGCUAUGAGAGUAGCAUAGCCGAGGUUAAACAUAUCAAAAACUGGCUAAGACUAGCAAAACGUGAUAUCAAUUUGUUUGAAGAAGGACUACCGCAAAAUUAAGUGGACAAUCCAAUCAAGUUUAAUUUGACAAACCAAGCAGUUAUUAACUCAAAAUUAUUGUAAAGCGAGAUCUAACGUUUAUAUUCUUCAGUGGAAAUCGCAGCAGGAUUUUUGAUCCCAAUAACGAAAUGAAUCAGUAUCGCAGAAACAUUCAUCCUCUAAACGAAAGUGAAGUGAUAAACCCAGAGGGAUACUGCUGCUAACUUAGGGAUUGCGCAAGAAAACAAUAGGAGUGAUGAAAACACAUAUAUUCAUGGCACCCCCAACACGACCUAAACUGACCAAAAUUUACUACAUGGACGACAACAACAAAAACAGCAGAAUCAAGUAAACAAACAUAGAUGCACCUUCAAAGGGUAUAGUGAAAUGCUACCUGUAAGAUAAAUUAUAACUAAUCACUGGUAUGUGGUACAUAGGUGGUCAGCAGUUACCGGACAGGAAAUAAGAUCACGAAUAAAAACUGUUAUUGCUUCCCUGUGGUUGUGCCGGGUUUACAGAAAAAACAGCUUCACUAACCAGUUUGUCUAUAAACGAAGUAUGAUAAUUAUUAGUAUUUGGAUUAUAGUACUAAUUAAGAAUCCCAGAAAUAACGCAAUUGGAUCAAGAAGUACUAGAUAAGCACAAACAAAUGUACUGUAUUUGGAAUUCGAAAUCAAGCAUUCAAUAAAUACAAAGGAAUCAUUAGUUCAUUCAAACACCACAUCCGCCACAGUUUAAAUUGAGGUCUAAAUGUUUGUGGUUGAUUGUACGCCUUCUUCUUAAGUUCGUCCUGUGUCAGUCCGACAGUGUAUUGGAUAAAGACUCUGUAUUAUCUAGAAUGCACUCACUAAUAUUAGAAUUAACAACUGAAAUCGGAACAGACUCACGUGCUUUCUGGGAUUGUGUAAUCAGCAUGUUGGUUGUGUACUGAAACCGCUGCUACUUAGAAUUAGAACCAUAGACUUUUAGACUAUACUUCCCCUCGAAAUAAUGUUGAAUCUUCAUAUCCCGAAGCUAUGAAUGAUGUAGCUUCAUUUAAAAUAUAUUUCUCACAUUGGUUAGAGUAAACAUCAGAAGUGACUUCGUGAUAAGGAUAAACAGCAGUUUUUAUGAAAUCAUCCGAAUUGUAAUCAAAAUCGAGGUAAUUUAGUACUCGUGCAUGAACAAGUUUCCCACAAGCAACAAAUGCAUUACGAGUACAAAUAAUAUUGGAUUCUUCUGAAAUAGCUUCCUCGAAUUUAUUAAGAAUGUUAUUGUAGAGUAAAGGAUCAUUAGAAAAUCAGCAUCUAUCAAAACUACAUCAGGUUUCUGAUCGUGACUAGGUUCAUUCAACAUAUUUUCCUCAGACUUGCAAGGAAUUUCUUCAGAAAUAAGUGAAUCAUUGAGAAAAACCAUAUUUGGUACAAUGACAUCAGAAAUCUGAUAAUUUGAUUGAUUAGAAACUGUCUCGCAAGAAUUCUGAGUUUCAUUUAGCUCUGGACUGCCACAUGACUUUACACUGUCUUUUGAAAUCGUUGAUAAAGAUAAAUGAUCAUUAUAAAUACUCAACUUAAUAGAAUCAGAAUUACAGGACUUAAUAUUAGUUGCAGCAAGAUGAACAGUAGCAUUACAAAGUGACUGAAUAUGUCCAAUAUCACCACAUUUAAAGCACUUAUAAUUACGAAACAUGAAUUAAAAGAGUGGAACCUGCCACUGGACAAACAUUGGUCAAACAUGUGCCCAUUUUCGUGAACUGCAUCGCAACUCCUCAGUGAAUUGUCUGAGUAACUUUGAGUAUGCACUGGAGUUUUUAUAUCCUCAUGAAUCAUUUUACGAAAUCUUCCUUUACCACAUUCGAAAUUUGUAUACUUAACAUAGUCUAGCAUUAGUUCCUUGAGAGCUGUAUAAGGAAGCAAAAUGGAAUUUUCCGGUAAAGCCACAGUUUUUAAUAUGUUAUAUGCUUCUUUUCCGAUGAAUGUGAGGAAAUCUACAAUAUUGACAUUCUCAUCAUCUUCCUUGGUCAUAGCCCAGAUUUCGAACCUUUCAAAGUAAUCCUCGAAAGCAUCAAAAUCUGAAUGUAUGUCCAACCGCUUCAUCACAGGCCCCAUCGCGACGCCAAUGUGAUAAUUAGGAGUAUUUGAAUUAUAGUACUAAUUAAGAAUCCCGGAAAUAACGCAAUUGGAUCAAGAAGUACUAGAUAAGCACAAGCAAAUGUACUGUAUUUGGAAUUCGAAAUCAAGCAUUCAAUAAAUACAAAGGAAUCAUUAGUUCAUUCAAACACCACAGGAAGCCAGAAAGAACCAAAUUCAUACAUGUUCUGUUCUAACUAUUAUCAUUACCUAAAAAAUUGUAACUAAUAUAGGCAGCUAGAAAGUAGUUCUCUCCGUCAUUGGAUCCCGUUUUAUAACUGAAAUGAGUAGACAUAUAUGACAAGAAGUAAUCAGUAUCAAGAGGAUGAAAUAAUCUUAACAAGUGAAUCAUACGCAUUGUUGAUAUUUUGUCAAUUGUUUAAUGACUAUCCUAUAAGAACUAAAUUUGAACUCAAUAUUUUCAUAUUAUAUAAGAGAAAGAAAAGAAGCUUCUAACACAUUUUCUACAUAAACAGAACACUUACAAUAACGCUUUACUCUAAUUUAUUUUAUGAAGACAGUUUUACAAUGUUCAUGUAAAUAAGUAAAUUAGAAGACUUGGUGAAUAUCCAUACAAUUGCCUUUCAUCUCAAUAUUAAGGUAGCGACUGUCUGUUAUUUUCAUCACUGAAAUGUACCUGUUUAGACUAAUAUAAUAGUUCCUAAUAAGUGAUGCAACAACUUCAAUGUUUACUUUAUAUGUUAUCAAAAUUGAAGCAUUACAUCAUUUACAAAAUAGUUAUUUUCACACUACAAUUUCAUCAUAUAAUGAGCCAUAUACACAUCACGUCAUCAAUGAAGUAUUUAGACCAAACCAAGCAAAUAUGUGGAACAUUUCUGACAACUAAAUAUAACUUUAUUUCCUGAAUGUCAUGAGGUCCUAUUACUUGAUUCGAUUUCUGGUUAGAGGCUUAAUUUUAGCAUAUAAAAGUCCACAAAACUCACUCGACAAAUGUCUGCUAAUUAUUAAUUUUAAUAAGCUUUUUCUCACUAGAUACUGUGUACGGUUAGACUAUUUGUUCCGUCAAGUAGACUAAAAUAAGAACUACAAAUCAGAAUAAACGUGUGGAAAUCUUGAUAGGUUUAUUACUGAAUUUGUCUCUUUGUUUUGAUGUAAUUAUUUGUUAAUGAGUUUCAGUUGUUGUCAUUAAAAUCAUAGUCUUAGUUAUCAGUCUAUUUUCUAUCAUUUUUAAAAAUAGUGACGUGAAUCUAUCACCAAAACAAAUGUUCCGCUGUAUUGAUUUUUAUUUAUUGUGGCUCGUAAUGUUCUGCAACAUUAUUCCUAUUACAACAAUCACGUCGACUUAUAAGCAAUUCGGUCAAAAGUACAUUUCAGACGACAGAUUUUUGUCAGCUAUAGUUACUAUUUCAUCUUUAUUCAAUUGCGCUGGUCGUGUGAUGUGGGGUUCGAUUGCUGACCGAUUUUCGUUUAAAGUGCCAUUAUGUGUAAAACUUACUAUUUGGUCAGUCGUUCUAAUAACAUUUCCACAUUUGUCAUUAUUUUCGGAAAUAGUAAUCAAAAUAUUAUUUCCUAUUUGGGUAUUCGUCUUAUUUACAUUAUUCUGCGGAACAUUCGUCCUCAUUCCUAAUGCAACUGGCACGGUUUUUGGGCCAGUCAAUUUAGCUGUGAAUUAUGGUUUAGUAUUUCUAGCAUUUUCGUUUGGAAGUUUUGCAUGCGCAAUUUUCACAACAUUCUUAACCCCAGAUGGUGCUUAUGUAUUCCAAUACACUUCCUGUGGAGCCGUUUGUCUAGUGGCGCUGUUUAUCACAUUGUGGAUCGAGGAUAGAAAAACACCAGAGAAAUGUCAACUAUGUGGAUGUUUCGUUCGACGUUGUCUAAAAUUACGAGUAAAACAACCGCUAAGUAGUCCACAUGAACUACAAGCGCUUAGAUCAUAAUAUGAAUGGUCGGUUUUAUGAUAUUUAAUAUCUGCAGCUCGAAUAUAUAUAUAUAUAUAUAUAUAUAUAUAUGUAUAUAUAUAUAUAUAUAUAUAUAUAUAUAUAUAUAUAAUCUUUUAAAGUUCCAUAAACCAUAACUUCGUGCAUCAUAGAGAAAUUAGUGCACAAUAGCAAUGCUUUUAUUAUUAUUACUACUAUUAUUAUUAUUAUUAUUAUUACUAUAUUACUGCUGUUACAAUUGUCAAUGACCUCUCGCUUCAUUUGAGAAUACGCCUUGUAACCAAUAUCAAUUACGUCUACUCGUAUAAAAGCCACUUUAAUAAUAAUAGUCUUUGUUUUUCUUUGAUACAACUUUAAUUUAUUUUUUUGUUGUGAUAUUCAAUUUGAUAAAAAAAGAACGUUUGUCAUUAUUUCGAAUGAAGGUUUAAAUAAAAUAAAAUAAGAAAAUAUUUCACAUCAUAGAUAUUAAUAUAAA